GUAAUCCGGAACGCCGCACAUCACUAACUAUCAAACGUUGAGUUGAACGGACGUGUUACCCCGUGUGCUGUGCAUAACCAAACACAACAGUUCCUAAUUGUAUUGUGCGACAACAGAGAACGAAAAAAAACACACAGAGUCGGUCUCCCGAAGCAGCAAGAAUAAAAAACAACGUUUUUUGUUCUAUCGCCAGCCCUUUUGCGGUUACCGCACCGGUGUGUGUGUGUGUGUGUGAGUGUUUUGCAGUGAAAGCCGCAUCGGUAAACGCGAGAAAGCACUGAAUCGCAAACACGGAUAAAACUAUCACCAGAAAGGACGCAUCCAGAGUGGGCUAUUGCUAGUGCGCGUGAGUGUGCGUGAUCGAGCUUCGGUUCGGCAUAGGCAGCAGCAGGUCGUAUUCGCGCUCCACGGACCGUUAAGGUAACCGUUUUCGAACCGACCCCAAAACCGGUGCAAUAAAAAGCCGUUUGCUGUGGUUAUAACGGACGAAUUUGCCGGAACGCGGACGAAGCGAAAUAGCAGCAGCGCCAGCAACUCCAAAAUGGCCUACAGCGAUUCCGACGACAGUAACCCGAAGAUUGGGGAUGAAAGAGCAGAAAAGACGCUCGAAUCGAAUGAAUCCAUCCCUCAUACAAAACGCACGUACCGUUUGCAGACAUGGAAGUGGGUGAAACGCCUCUACGACAAACAUUCUGGAUUUGCCCGCUAUAUUAACCGAAAGAUUCCACUCUUCCCGGAUGCGGAAAAGGCGGCCAACCUGCUCGCCGAAACGCCCGAGUUCAAGGAAGCGACAUCGAUCAAAGUGAACAUUGAUCGGGCGCAGGAAGCGGUGAAGCUGCAUGUGCUGAAGUCGAAGAAAACGUUGUUCGUUGCACCGACGCAAAAGUCCGAGUAUCUGUACGCAAAGAUCAAGGCGCCGGAAAAUCUGGACGAGAUUGACCUUGAACAGGUGCAGAAUCAAAACAUCGUCAAGGUGUUGGCCCGCGGCGACACAUACGAAGAGCUCGGUAUUGAUCAGGCCGAACCACUGGACAUGAUUGUGGUCGGAUGCGUUGCCGUGUCGGAGCGAGGUCAGCGCAUCGGGAAGGGCAACGGGAUAGUCGAUCUGGAGAUUGCGAUUCUGCACAGUCUGGGUGUGAUAACACCGAAAACCGUGAUCGCCACUACCGUGGCUGAUGAGCAGGUGUACCCGGCGUUUGAUCCGGUGCUGUUCCAAAACUAUGACUUUACCGUCGACCUGAUCGUCACGCCUAGUCGUGUAAUUCGCGUCGAGCCACGACCGGAACAGCGAACGAUCGGUGUCCAGUGGGAUUUGCUCUCCGCCCGGCGGCUCGAAAUUUUGCGUGUGUUGAAGCCACUGAAGAAGCGGCUAGAGGACGAGGGCCAGAAGAUUGAGCUGAAGGAGGAAGGUUCGGAUGUCGAGAGCAUCGCCAAGCGGCGUACACGUGGUUCCUUCAACGGUGGUAGUGUUGGUGGUGGUGGUGGUGUUGGUGGUGGUCAGAAGAAGGGAAGACGCUCCAAACGAGGCUUGAAAAAGCCAGCCUACGAUCGUCCGGACGACGACGCUGAACCUGAACCGAACCAGAACCAGAACCGGAACCGGAACGAAAACCAGAACCGAACUGGUGGUGAUGGUGGUGACACCCAACAGCCGCGCAAACGCAGGAACAACAAGGAUGGCAAGAUGCGUUCGUUCCGGAACAACUACCGGAAGUCCGGGAGUGGCGAGAACGCGGGCAGUAACAGUGGCCGUGAUGCGCGUGUACGGCCAAUAAAACCACCCCGACAGCUGCAGGAUAGCGUGCGUAUCCGCGUCUCGAACAUGUUCUCUGUGCCGUUCAAACAGUUCAAGGAGGAGCUGCGCAAACGGGACUGCUAUCCGGCCAAAAUCAGCCAGAGCCGCAACGGCCGGUGUCAGCUGAUCUUCCCGAAGCGUGAGGAUACGGAGGAACAGGUGCAGGUGAACGAGCUGCUGCAAAAGCUGACCGACAUGCACAUCUCGGUGCCGGACAAGAACACUAACGAGCCGAAGCAGAUCUGGCUCCGGUGUGACCUGCAGCCGAAACCCGGCGAGUUCGACGAAAACGAUGUGGUCUUUAUAACGUCCGCCGCCAACCAGGCCGCCAAGAAAGCGACUGCAGCCUGUAUGAAGCUGGCAACCACCACCACCUCCCAAACGGUCACGGAUCCGGACGCGAACACGAAAACGAACUCUACCACCACCACCACCACCACUUCACACCUAAACUUGGAAGAGCUGACUGCGGAGGUGAAUGCCGCGACGCUGCUGGCGGCACGGGCGGCCAAGGCGGCCGAAGUGAUCGCGGAGAAGGUCCUGCAGGAAGCGAAGCCAGCGGUCGAGGCGGAAAGCGCUAAGGAAGACAACAAGGAACACAGCGCCAAACUGCUCGCCCAGGUCGAGACACUGACCAAGGCGGGCGCGGAUGCUCUAGCCGCCAGCAAGAAAGCCGAAGCAGCAGCCGUCGCCACCACCACCACCGCCGCCGCCGACGCUACGAAACCUGCCAACGAGGCGGCAAACGCUAAGGACGACAGCAAGGAACAGACCACCGCCAAAGUGGACGCCGACGCCACCGGCACGAAGGCCGAAACAGCAGCAACCGCCGAAUCGGUCGCCGCGAAGAAGGAAGCGAUCAUCGCCAUGAGCGACGCCAUUCAGGCGGCUGCCCGUGCGACCGCGGCCGUGUCCUUUGCCGUCGCCACGCUGUACCUGCUCCUCCCACCUGCAACGACGCGGCCGCACACCGUCAUGGUGCCUUCGAUGCGUUCGCUGCGCUUCUUCGGUGCCAUACUGCCGAAGGUUGUCCCAUAAAUUUUCACAACUACCGCUAAGGCUAUCUCUUUACCAGACGAUACACACACACACACCCACACAGAGAGAGAGAGAGAGAGAGAGAGAGAAAUCUGCAAAUAUGCUGUGCAUGCGAUGCACAACUACCAACCACCAUUUUCCCUCCCAAUUACCUCCGCGCUGCCGCCACUUUCUACCUAUAGCACACCCACAGUUGGGCAGCUAUUUUGUCGAAUGAUUUGUCGUAUCUGCUAACGGCCUUUUUUUCUUUUUUUUUUCUUUUCUUUUAAACACGCCACGUUUUUUUUUUUUGUUUGCCAAUUUGUUAAUAACAACACAUAAACACAAACAACGCUCUUAUCGUUGUGCGGUGUGUUCUGUGUACAUUCGGUUUUUUGUUCGCCUCCGCCGGUGUUACAUGCAUAUGUAUGCGGAUCCUGCGAGUGUGUGUUGGAGUGGGUUUGUACGUGAAUAUCCGUACGAUACACGUUACUAAAGCUAUCCAUUGAUUUCGCUGUGUUUUUACUAAGUUCGUGUUUUUGCCCCCUUUGCAAUGUUCUUUCAUAAAUGCGCGUAUGUGUGUGCGAUCGAGUACCGUAAAUCCGGCCUAUAUUGUCGCUUGCAAACGAAGCAAAAACCGCGAACGAAAACAUAAGAGAAUACAAUAAUGAAUCGAAUGAAGCAAAGAAGUGUAAGAUUAACAAACAGAAGAAGAAGAGAAAACACGCACAUACACAAAACCGGUGGCGAUGGUAGGAGCAAGGGUCCCUAAUAUACGAUGGGCCGCUAACAACCCUUUGGCAGAUUUAUGCAAAACGAACUGUAAUGAUUGGAAUUUGGAUUCGGGGAAGCGAAACAGCAAAGGAAAACACAGCACUUACACGAAAUAUAAACGUAUAUUAUAUUAAAAAUA